AUGCGUCUGAUCUCGGAAAGAAUGGACGAUGCCGCUGCCACCGAGGCCAUGCGCGGAGGAGCCAUUGGAGCCGUCAAAUACUGCACAGUCGCCCUCUUUGCCGGAGGUGUCCUCACCGCCGUCUCGCCAAGGUUUGCCGCCAUUAGGCCCCCUCAAAAGAUGUGGCUGUUCGUUGCCGCAUUCUUGGGAGGAUUCGGUAAUGGUUCCGAUACGACAUUCACAAACUUCGAGCGCAGAGAUCGGGAACUCCAGAUCCGUGUCGCUGAACAGCAACGUCAUGAUAUCCUUUACGGAUCCGCUGAGGAGCAGCAGCAGAAGAUCGUCGCCGCCGCUUCUCUCUCUACACCAGCAGUACCAUCAGUAGCAGGAGCAGCAGUGCCCAUCCCCGCUACUGCAUAA